CCAGUUCCUGAUUCCUGGAUUGUGGAGAGCCCUGCGGGCUAACGGGAGGCACAGCCCCAUCGAGUGAGGCAGAGAGAGACAGAGCCCGGUGCUGGGACACCCGGGGCCGAGCCCCCCACCCCACCACCUGCCAUGAAGCCCCGAAGUCUGGGCACAGCUGCCCUACGGCUGGGUCUAGGGCUGCUGCUGCUGGCCACAGGCGCAACACAGGGCACCACCACCCCCAUUGGCGGCACCGACACGACCACCCUGCCCCUCAGCAACACGACCACCCCGUCCCCCACCAACAUGACUACCGCGUCCACCACCAACACGACCACAGCACCCCGCGGCAACACAACCACCCCUCUCCCCACCAACACAACCACCCUGCCCCCCACCAACACAACCACCCUGUCCCCUGGCAACACGACCACCCCUCCCCCCAGCAACACGAUCACCCCUCCCUCCACCAACACAACCACCAAGCCCCCCGGCAACACGACCACCCCUCCCCCCAGCAAUGCGACCACCCUUCCCCCAGGCAACGCGACCACCCUUCCCCCCGGCAAUGUGACCACCCCGCCCCACAGCAACACAACCACCCCUCCCCCGGGCAACACGACCAUUCCGUCCUCCAGCAACACGACCUCCCCUCCCUCCACCAACAUGACCACAGCGCCCCCCGGCAACGCGACCACCCCGCCCCCCGGCAACGCGACCACCCCGCCCCCCGGCAACGUGACCACCCUGCCCCCUAGCAACGCAACCACCCUGCCCCCCAGCAACACGACCACCCCUCCCCCUGGCAACACGACCACAGUGCCCCCCGGCAACAUGACCACCCCUCCCCCUGGCAACACGACCACAGUGCCCCCCGGCAACACAACCAACCUGCCCCCCAGCAACGUGACCACCCCGUCCCCCGGCAACACAACCAACCUGCCCCCCAGCAACAUGACCAUCCCGCCUUCUAGCAGCACGACCACCCCGCUCCCCAGCACCUCCAUUACGACCCCGGCCCCGAUCCGUUUCUCUCUCUCGUUCCGCAUUGUGAACUGGAACUUCAAUGACUCCCUGCUCGACCCCAGCACCAGUUACUACAAGGAUUUAUAUUCCAAAAUCCAGAGCCUGUACAACAAGACCUACGGCUGCCCAAUGUGCCCGAAUGGGGAGAACUACCUGGGAUUCACUGAUCUGCGUUUCAGCCAGGGGUCGGUGGUGACUGAGUCCGUCCUGCGGUACCGAGUGAGCAACACCAGCAUCAACGCCACCGGCAUUGAGCAGCAGCUGACACAAAGGCUGGACGGCCAGAACAGCACAGACGGGCUCGAGCUGGACAGUAUCCGCGGUGCAGCACUGGGCCCCAACAACACCACCCCGCCCCCUGGCAACAACACCACCCCGCCCCCCAGCAACACGAUCCCCCCACCCCCCAGCAACGCGACCAUAGCGCCCCCCGGCAACACAACCAACCUGCCCCCCGGCAACGCGACCACCCCGCCCCCCGGCAACGUGACCACCCUGCCCCCUGGCAACGCAACCACCCUGCCCCCCAGCAACACGACCACCCCUCCCCCUGGCAACACGACCACAGUGCCCCCCGGCAACAUGACCACCCCUCCCCCUGGCAACACGACCACAGUGCCCCCCGGCAACACAACCAACCUGCCCCCCAGCAACGUGACCACCCCGUCCCCCGGCAACACAACCAACCUGCCCCCCAGCAACAUGACCAUCCCGCCUUCUAGCAGCACGACCACCCCGCUCCCCAGCACCUCCAUUACGACCCCGGCCCCGAUCCGUUUCUCUCUCUCGUUCCGCAUUGUGAACUGGAACUUCAAUGACUCCCUGCUCGACCCCAGCACCAGUUACUAUAAGGAUUUAUAUUCCAAAAUCCAGAGCCUGUACAACAAGACCUACGGCUGCCCAAUGUGCCCGAAUGGGGAGAACUACCUGGGAUUCACUGAUCUGCGUUUCAGCCAGGGGUCGGUGGUGACUGAGUCCGUCCUGCGGUACCGAGUGAGCAACACCAGCAUCAACGCCACCGGCAUUGAGCAGCAGCUGACACAAAGGCUGGACGGCCAGAACAGCACAGACGGGCUCGAGCUGGACAGUAUCCGCGGUGCAGCACUGGGCCCCAACAACACCACCCCGCCCCCUGGCAACAACACCACCCCGCCCCCCAGCAACACGAUCCCCCCACCCCCCAGCAACGCGACCAUAGCGCCCCCCGGCAACACGACCACGCCGGCCCCCGGCAACGCAACCACCCCACCCCCCAGCAACGCGACCACAGCGCCCCCUGGUAACACGACCACGCCGGCCCCUGGCAACGCAACCACCCCACCACCCGGAAACGCAACCACCCCGCCCCCCAGCAACACGACCACCCCGCCACCAACCAACACGACCACAGUGCCCCCCGGCAACAAUACCACUCCGCUCCCCGGCAACACGAUCCCCCCACCCCCUAGCAACGCGACCAUAGCGCCCCCCGGCAACACAACCACGCCGGCCCCCGGCAACGCAACCACCCCACCCCCCAGCAACGCGACCACAGCGCCCCCUGGUAACACGACCACGCCGGCCCCUGGCAACGCGACCACCCCACCACACGGAAACGCAACCACCCCGCCCCCCAGCAACACGACCACCCCGCCACCAACCAACACGACCACCCUGCCCCCCGGCAACAACACCACCCCGCCUUCCACCAACACGACCAUCCCACCUCCCAGCAAUGCAACCACCCCGCCCUCCAGCAACACAACCACCCCGCCCCCCGGCAAUACGGCCACCCCACCCCCCGGCAACACGACCACCCCGCCACCAACCAACACAGCCACCCCACCCCCCGGCAACACGACCAUCCCAGCCCCCGGCAACACGACCACAGCAUUCCCCCGCAACACGACCACCCCGCCCCCAACCAACACAACCACCCCGGCCCCCAGCAACAGGACCACCGCGCCCCUCAGCACCUCCAUUACGACCCCGGCCCCGAUCCAUUUCUUUCUCUCGUUCCGCAUUGUGAACUGGAACUUCAACGACUCCCUGCUCGACCCCAGCACCAGUUACUACAAGGAUUUAUAUUCCAAAAUCCAGAGCCUGUACGUCAAUAUCUACGGCUGCCCAAUGUGCCCGAAUGGGCAGAACUACCUGGGAUUCACUGAUCUGCGUUUCAGCCAGGGGUCGGUGGUGACUGAGUCUGUCCUGCGGUACCGAGUGAGCGACACCAGCAUCAGCGCCACCGGCCUUGAGCAGCAGCUGACACAAAGGCUGGACGGCCAGAACAGCUUUGAUGGGCUCCAGCUGGACAGUAUCCGCGCCAACUCUGGCAGCUCUCCCCCGGCCACCUCGGCGCCAGCACCCCUGGUGCCUGGCUGGGGCAUCGCCCUGCUGGUCCUGGUCUGCAUCCUGCUGGUGCUGAGCAUCGUCAUCUUCAUCCUGCUGAUCGUCUGCUCGUACCGCAGGAGGAACCGCGGGAAGCUGGAUCUGUUCAGCUCACAGGCCUCGUACCAGCCCAUGAACGAGUACCCCACCUACCACACCCAUGGGCGCUUCAGCGGCCCCGGCAAGAAGCAGAAUCCCUACAAUGACAUCGCCGCCGGCAACGGCACCAACGCCUUCUACACCAACCCUGCCACGUCAGACAAUCUCUAGGGGCGCCACCCUGAGGACUGGUGGGAGCAGAGCUCCCACCAUCGCCAUGUGCUUCCUACAGCUCGACUCCAGGGUGCUGGGCAGGGCCGACAAGGCAGCCCCAGGCAGGGGUUUGCUGCACGGGGGAGAGGGGGUAUCAGCCCUGGGGACUCCCCCCCCCCCCGCAACUCCUGGCCCUGUGGGAGGGGGAGCUCCGAUUGGGCCUGUGGGGCAAGCACUGAUGGGGCAAAUUCCUACCCCCGCUCCACAAGGGAGGGCAAAGGGGCUGCUCCAUAUAUCCCCCCACCAACCAGGCUGGGCAGUGCAGGGAAUACGACAGGGACUCCCCAGGGGAGCCCCCCCAUACUGUCCCAAGCUGUGUAUGGGGUGUGUCCCUGCUCCUCCCCCCACAACCUCCCCGCAGCCUGGGGAGCCCUCUCUGGCCCAGCUCCUGCCUGUUCCCAGGAGGUGGGGGAGCAUCAGAUAGUUCCGGAGCAGCUGAAUUUGAAUGCAUGAAGGAACUGGAGGAACAAUGCAAGGGAGGGACCCUCCUCUGUCUCCCCCCAAUUCCAAGCCCCUCCUGCCCCCAAUCACUUGCCAAAUGUAUCCUGCCAUGGGGCCCCCACUAUGCAGUGUUCAGGUUCCAGGGGUCACGUUUGCCUGCACCACUGGCCUGGGGCUCUGUUUUUAUACCUGUGAUCUGUAACCACUUGGCUCUGUGACGGCCGCCCCAGUGUGCAGGGGGGUCACAAUGUCCUUGGGAAGGUCUGUAUUUACAGUGCUGCACAAUAAAGGGAUCUGUGCUGA